AUGAUUAUAAAAGCAGCAGCAGCAGGAGCAGCAGCAGCAGCAGCAGGAGAAACAGCAGCAGCAGCAGCAGCAGCAGCAGACGAUGAUGAUGAUGAUGAUGAGGAUGAAGAAGAAGAAGAAGAAGCAAAAGAAAAAGAAAACAACCACAACACCGCCGUGCCCACUACCAACACCCCCAGCAGCAGCAGCAGCAACCACAGCAGCAGCAGCAGCAGCAGCAGCAGCAGCAGCAGCAGGAAGAAGCGCAGCAAGAAGAAGAAGAGGUUUGUGUCUGCUGAGCUGCCCCCCAACGACCCUAUAUUCCCUGAGCAAUGGAGUUUACACUCGAAGUCUGUGUAUGGUUUGCAUGCGGAGGAGGCAUGGGACCACUGGACCGGUCAAAAGAGACCAAUGGUCAUCGCGGUCAUCGACAGCGGAUGCUCGCUGGACCACCCAGACCUCGUCUCUAAGAAAUGGAUAAAUGAAGGAGAAAUAUGCGGAGACGGAAUAGAUAACGAUCAUAAUGGGCUCGUUGAUGAUUGCCAUGGAUGGGUGCUGCUGCUGCUCCUGCUGUGA